ACCACCACCACCACCACCAGAACCAGCUAUCAUUCAUUUUCAUUUAUUAUUUAAAUUGAAUAAUUAUACACGUGUUUACUUGGACAGAUAAUUGGGUUUGAUAAAAUUUAGCAUUUGGUCACUUUAACAGGACAGUAAUAAUUUUUUUUAUUAUUCUUGAUUGAAGAUCUAGACAAAAUGCCAAAGAAAAAAUUUAUCGACAAAAAAAACGCGGCUUCGUUCCUCGUGGGCCAUCGGUCCCAAAAAGAUCCACUGGCAGCUGAUGAAAAUGCACCGCAGCAUGUUCUGGUUCCGAUUGACAGCAAAAAAGCUAAGGAAAAGUGUAAGUCUGUUUUUGAAGACGAAUUCGCUUAUUUACGGAAAUUGGAGGAUGUCAAUAAUUUGCCACAACAAUGGGCCCAAGAUCAGCCUGGCCCUAGCAGUGAAGAUCGUCCUAAAAUAAAUUUACCCUCGUCGGUAUUGCCGUCCUCGGUUGAAGAAAAAACCGGGCUCCUGAAUAGAGCGGCGCCUAUUUCUGGACCCAGACCGGAGCUGGAUCCUGAUAUCGUUGCUGCUCUGGACGAUGACUUUGAUUUUGAAGAUUCCGAUAAUGAAUUGGAGGAUGAUUUUAUCAAGUUGGCUAAUGGUGAUAAUAAUACUGAUUAUUUUAAUGAAGAAGAUGAAUAUGAUGAAUCAGAUAUUUCGUCAAAUUUUAUGGUAGAUUCUGAUGAAGAAAGAGAUGAAGUUUGUAGUUUAGACGGCCCGCAGUUUACAUUCAAAGAUGAGGAAACUAAAUCACGAUUUACAGAGUACUCUAUGAGCAGUAGUGUCAUGAGAAGAAACGAGCAGUUAUCCCACGUUGAUGACAAAUUUGAAAAAAUGUAUGCUGAUUAUGAUGACGAACAAAUUGGAGCACUAGAUUGUGAAGAAAUAGAAGGACACGUUGAUGACGAUUCAAGUUCCAUACUAAAAUUAGCAAUGGAGUUUCAAAAACAACGUGAAGAAUCUACUGUGAGUAUUUCAGAACUGAUGAAAGACCGUUUGAAAAUAAUUGAAAUAAACUCAAGCUCUGAGGGAGAACUAGAAGAAGUCGAAGUAGACGAACGUAGAAGAAAUAAAUGGGACUGCGAAAGUAUUCUGUCUACACACAGCAAUAUUUUCAAUCAUCCUAAAUUACUGCCAGAUCCUAAGAGAAUAGGAAAAAUAAAAAUAGACAAACGUACGGGAAUACCGAAAAACGUUUUGAAUGAUCAGCCUGGAAAGCUGACGGCUAAAAAUUUGGUUCGAUUGGGUCUGGAGAACGAGGACGAGAGGAAUUUAUCUUACUCUGGUAGAUCGAUUGCCGAGACUAAUAAAAGUUAUUACAGUAUGAUAAGUAUCAGGCCCAAGAAUGAAACACGAGAAGAAAAAAAAGAACGUAGAAAACGAGUGAAGGAACAUCGACGGGCGCGAAGAAUCGAGUGUAAAGAAAACAAAAAUGCGUUCAAAGAAGAAAAGAAACGUCAAGAAAAAAUAUUAUUAAAUAAUAAUCGUAACAAAUUAAUUGCUCCAAAUACCCAGCAUAUAUAAAACUAUAAUUUUACUUAUUCUUUAUAAUUUAUAUUAUGUAAAAUAAUAAUUUGAUAUUUUAUACAAUAAGAAUAAAUAAAAUUGAAGGAAUA